AUAACUAUGAGGAGAUGGUGCAGAUUCUGCUCACUCAUGGUGCGACUGUAAACGCUCAGGACAACGAGCUCUGGACACCGCUGCAUGCCGCAGCCACAUGUGGACACACCGGCCUGGUCAAAAUCCUCAUCCAGCAUGGUGCUGAUCUGCUAGCAGUGAACUCUGACGGGAACAUGCCCUAUGACCUCUGUGAGGACGACCCUACGCUGGACAUCAUCGAGACCGCCAUGGCCAACAGAGGCAUCACGCAGGAGAUGAUCAAUGAGACGAGAGCGGCAGUGGAGCGGAGCAUGCUGGGAGAUAUUCAGAAGAUCCUGCAGGAGGGAGCGGACGUCAACCAUCACGACUCACAGGGGGCCACGCUGCUGCACAUCGCAUCAGCAAACGGUUAUACUCAGGCUGCAGAGCUGCUCUUAGACGCCGGAGCUCGAUCAGACAUGAGAGACUCAGACGGAUGGACACCACUGCACGCUGCUGCAUGCUGGGGACAGGUUCAAGUGGCGGAGCUGCUGGUUUCUCAUGGAGCCAGUCUGAACGCCAAGACCUACAUGGAGGAGACGCCUAUAGAUCUGUGUGAGGAUGAGGAGUUCAGGAAUCAUCUUCUGGAGCUGAAGCACAAACACGACAUCAUCAUGAAGUCACAACUGAAGCACAAAACGUCACUGUGCCGCAGAACCAGCAGCGCAGGCAGCCGCGGGAAAGUGGUGCGGCGGGCGAGUCUCUCCGACAGACACAAUCUGUGCAGGAAAGAGUAUCAGACUGAAGCCAUCGUGUGGAGAGGAGGACGAGAAAAAGAAGAACGAGAGCGAGAGUCUGACCAGGAGAACAGCCACACGAUGCAGCCUACUGAGGGCCCUCAAUCUCCAGGCAUCCUGAAAGACAGUGGACAGAAUGGCUGUAUCUCCAGUCCAUCUCCAAACGGUGACCCACUGACCCCUCCUGACCCCAUGACCCCUCCUGUCCCCGGUGACCCUGUGACCUCCGCUGAGGAGCCCAAGCUGAAGGCUCAGACUCUGUCAGAACUGAAGAAGCAGCGAUCUGCCGCCGCCGCCAAACUCCUGCAUCACCCCGUCCUCAAUGGUCACCUAGGCAACGGCUCCUCUAAGCCCCUCCCUGACGACCCCCGCAUGCCACUCGUCUCGUCCAAUGGCAGCGCGGUUUACUUCACACCUGCUAGCGGAGACCCACCCCUCCUGAGGUUCAAGCAGCCAAUCGAAGAAGAGGAUCCCAAGAGUCACAGCUGCUGCUGCAUUGCAUAGGUCUGCACCGGCCAAUCACACAACCCCAAGCGCCUGAUGGGCUGCAGCUCGGAGGUUUCACAAAUCCUUGGCUGCGUCUGAAAUCACGUAAACAGGAGACACGUUACUGUCCCAUAAUGCAACGCCAAAGAUGAGUGAGAGUGAAGCGAUGCAACUGAGUCACUCAGUGAAUCAAACAAAGCUUCAGUGAAUCAAACACAACUUCAAUGAGUCACUUAGUGAAUCAAACAAAACUUCAGAGAGUCACACAGUGAAUCAAACACAGCUUCAGUGAAUCAAACACAACUUCAAUGAGUCACUUAGUGAAUCAAACAAAACUUUAGUGAGUCACUCAGUGAAUCAAACACAGCUUCAGUGAAUCGUUCAGUGAAUCAAACUAAACUUCAGGAAUUGCUCAGUGGAUCAAACACAACUUCAAUGAGUCACUUAGUGAAUCAAACAAAACUUCAGUGAGUCACUCAGUGAAUCAAACACAGCUUCAGUGAAUCAAACACAACUUCAAUGAGUCACUUAGUGAAUCAAACAAAACUUUAGUGAGUCACUCAGUGAAUCAAACACAGCUUCAGUGAAUCGUUCAGUGAAUCAAACUAAACUUCAGGAAUUGCACAGUGGAUCAAACACAACUUCAAUGAGUCGCUCAGUGAAUCAAACACAGCUUCAGUGAAUCAAACACAACUUCAAUGAGUCACUUAGUGAAUCAAACAAAACUUUAGUGAGUCAUUCAGUGAAUCAAACACAGCUUCAGUGAAUCGUUCAGUGAAUUAAACUAAACUUCAGGAAUUGCUCAGUGGAUCAAACACAACUUCAGUAAGUCACUCAGUGAAUCAAAAAAAAGCUUCAUUGAAUCAACCACAACUUUAAUGAUUUGCUCAGUGAAUCAAACAUACCGCUUCAGUGAGUCACUCAGUGAAUCAAACAACUUCAGUGAGUCAUUCAGUGAAUCAAUCAAAACUUCAGUGAAUCAAGCACACAGCUUCAGUGAGUCACUCAGUGAAUCAAUUUUAACUUCAGUAAGUCACUUAGUGAAUCAAACACAACUUCAGUGAGUCAUUCAGUGGAUCAAUUACAACUUCAGUGAAUCAUACACGGCUUCAGUGAUUCGCUAAGUGAAUCAAACACAACUUCAGUGAUUCGCUCAGUAAAUCAAACACACAGCUUCAGUGAAUUGCUCAGUAAAUCAAACAUAGCUACAGUGAAUCAAAAGCACAGCUUCGGUGAGUCACUUAGUGAAUCAAACAAAGCUUCAGUGAGUCACUCAGUGAAUCAAACACAGCUUAUGUGAGUGACUCAGUGAAUCAAACAAAGCUUCAGUGAGUCACUUAGUGAAUCAGACAAAGCUUUAGUGAACCAAACACACAGUUUCGGUGAGUCACUUAGUGAAUCAAACAAAGCUUCAGUGAGUCACUCAGUGAAUCAAACACAGCUUCUGUGAGUCACCCAGACAAUCAAACAAAGCUUCAGUGAGUCACUUAGUGAAUCAAACACAGUUUAGUGAGUCACUUAGUGAAUCUUACAAAGCAUCAGUGAAUUUAACGCAGCUUCAGCGAGUUGCUCAGUGAAUCACUCAAAGCUUCAGUGAAUCAAACACACAGCUUCAGUGAGUCACUCACUGCUUCAAAAAUCCCGUACAGAUAGCGGCCAGAUCUGCAGUGUGCAUCUAAUGAAUCUCAGGGUGAGAGAGUUCAUGAUGUGAGUAAAAUGUCAAAUGAACUUGCAGACCCUGCAUGAGUGAUGUGUGAUUUCAGACGCAGCUCUUCUGUGAUGUUUGCAGUCCUGACCGCUCUCUGAACCUCACAGAACAGAGAAACGCUCAAGAAGAGGAAGGAAGUGACAUCAUUCAGGCCGUGCAGGUUGAAUGUGUGAGCGAUGCUUGACUUUUCCACUGAUGUGUAAUGUUGUACAGAAGAGAGAAUCUGCUGUGUGUGUGUGUGUGUUUGUGUGUGUGUGUACAGUAUUUAUUUGUAUAUGUGCAUAAAGCCACUGUUCUAUAA